AUGAAGGCGACCGUGCUCUUCGUUGGCCUGCUGGUGCUGAGCACCGUGGCGCUGUCGGACGCCCAGGGCGGUGGCGGCGGCGGUGCCGCCGCCGCGGCCCCUGCCAACGCUGCCCCGGCCACGGGCGAUGCCCCCGCGGCCAAGAAGGCCCCGGCACCCAAGUGCGAGUGCCCCCUGCCUGCGGGCGGCGGCGGCUACUUUGGCCGCGGUCAGGACUUGGUCAAGGCCGGCUGUGACUGCCAGAACGCCUGCGAGUUCAGGCCGUCGCCGGCUGGCCCCAAGCCCUCAUGCGCCACGGUGUGCAAGUGCUCCAACAACGUCAAUGUGCAGACUUUCAACCAGAACAGGGGCCCCCUCAUCCUGCAGCCCGGCCGCCAGAGUGUCCCAUGGCUUCUUGGCCGCAAGCUCAAGACUGGCGACAAGGUUUACGUCGAGCUCUAA